UGAAAUUCAUCUCUAGCACGAGUAGAAGUUGUUUUGGAAGUAGGACUUCUGCCGGUUUUCCGCGCGAGGUCGCCGACCCGGCGGCAUAGAUAUAGUAGAACCGAGAAUUAGUGGGUCAGGUCCUCACGGCAACUGGACGCGGCCCAGCUGCAGCUGCAUUGAUACGUACAAAAGGAAAGGGAUUUACUUAUUUCGACGUAAUAAAGUUUUACGUACUUCUUGUGAAAAGAGCUGUGUCCUCCUCACCCUUCCCCGUUGAAACAAAAACAAGAACUACAAUUCUAACCUAAAAGUCCCAUCCGCCCCCACUUCAAGAUGGCGUGCGUUGUUGGGCCCACCGACGCCGGGAUGUCGAAAUUCGACAAAGGCAAUAUUACGAAAGUUUUCCGAGUCUGGAGCGAACGAAUCGACAAGGAGCUCGAGGUACGGCGUUUUUACACAUCUAUGCGUCGCUUGUUGUUUAUUUCUUGCGAAACGUCUCCCCUCAUGAUCCAGCAUCCAUGAUAAGAAAUACUUUUUAAUCAAAACAGAUAAAUGUGUCAACCGAUAGACACUUUCGCGUGGCCCACAUGCCGAGCAUAAUGCCGCAGAAGGUAAACAACUGGGACCCAACGAAGCAAAAGCUGGAAGACCCAAAAACACUAGAAAAAUCCGUGAAAUUCGACUACCCACCACCACACGAAAUCACGGACAUCAAAUAUGUCGGUAGGAUUUUCUUCGUUACCAUGGUAGCGUUUUGGUUUUCCUUUCGCACUGAAUGUAUGAAGAUGCUAAUAAUGUGCACUCAAUGUGGUGCUGAGCGCUCGAUUUUUUUCUGUGCCUUCAUCUUCGCAAACAAAAGAACGCUCGCCAUUGAAUUUACAAUUGGCAGAUUAUAUAUGAAUCACGCCAGGUGUGCAAGCGUUUCCCCGCGAGCGGUUUGGCAUUCCGCAGUCAGAGUACCACAAAAUAGGGUGGAUGCAGACGCCAGCGGAGUUUAGAACGAAAUUCGCAGUUGAUUUGCUGGACAACAAGAAGGACAAGACCACGACGUUUUCAACCGGUUUGAGCAACAUGAGGGACGACUACUGGAGGACACAGCAGGUACUAUUUUUGACUUGCUGCUAAGAUGCCCGUUUUUUUUUUGCCUUGUUUCACCACAGCGAGCUUUUGCUUUUUUAUGUUCCCGACAUUGGUUGAUUGAUUCGAAAUCGAAUUCGUACAUGAUCCGCACGUAAUAACAGCGGCCAAAAGUGAAGAACCCGAUGGCGCACCACGUUGGCUACAUCACUGGCCUGGGCGACAACCCCUACGAGAGAACCAUCAAGCACCCGGAGAGGCUAAACCCAGUGGAUCCGCUGACGCAGGAGUGGAAAGCCAUGAAAAAGAAGGACCGGAAAAUGAGAAAAAAGGUGGAGGAAGCCGGGUUUGAGGUGGCGCACCGGGAAAGAACGGAGAAAAAAAAGAAGAAAAUGAUGGAUGUAGACCGGGAUCUACUAGCGGACGCGGAAGUGGAAAUAGCGGUAUUAUGAUGGAGGUGGAGUUUUGCUAAUGCUUUAUUAGGUUUGUCUCUUUCAUGCAAAAAACGCUUUAGGCUUGGCGUGGAACAAUAACGAACGUUAACGUUCUGUGUUGUACAAAAGUUGAACAAAAUCGACUACCAGUCCGACGCCGCGACGCCGUCCAUAGUAUCGUCGAACAUGACUGACAUGGUGAAGGCCCAAAGCCAAGAGCAAAUCUUCCAGCUGAAAACCGAAAACUGCCACAACGAACUGGUAUUUUUUACCAUGUGGUUUUGUUGAGUAGUUGCAAAAAACUGUAUAAUGACAGUAGGUUCCGGAUUCGCACCAGAAAAAAUUGUGAUGCUUCACUAUACAACUUAAACCUCAACUUGAAAAACAGCUGAAGAAAUACGGGAGGUGGCGGAGCAUUGCGGGCAACAAAAAAUGGUUCCACCCGCUUUCGAACUCCGACGUGACGCUCUUCGCGGACGAGUACACAAAGCAAAUGCUCACCGGCCCGCACAUGAAGACGCAGCCACUGGUCAGUCGGUAGGAAGAGAAGUCACGACGAGGACAGUGCAGGUGAGAAUGUGAAUGAAUUUACCUAGAUUAUCACACUGAAGUCACACUGUUUGAAUGAAUUUACGCUUAGAAUUGCAAAACAAGACUGUUUGAAUGAAUUUACGCUUAUGGUCGAAGAGGUUCUAGUUGUACUCUUGAAAAUAUUUCGGACUCUUAAUUAAUCGUAAGCAAAAAACCAAACAGUUCGUUCUCGGAAUCCUCAGAGACGAAUCUGUAGACGAAGUUAUGCCUUUCGUUAAUACGCUACUACUUAUCUGUAUCCUGGCUAGCAAGCUAAAUCUGGAGCAAAUGAACCGUUUAUUGGAGGUGUUGGUUGGAUAAAUGUACGAUCGCUGAGGCCAGAAAUCGCUCGGUAGUUCGCUAUUGAGUUCUUUUCUGUCCCAGCUAGUGGCGUCAAAACGGCAAACAUUAUCGAACUGCUCGCCGAGCUUACUGUAGAAAAGAAUUUGGUUCGUACGGUGCACAGGAAGGAAAAAUGUUGACCCAGAUGAAAUUGUCAUGACAGCAAGGGUGCAU